AUUUUUUUCGAAAAUCAAGAUCACACCAAAAUUGUAUCGUUGACUAACUAAAUUAAAAUUAUAUUUUCGAGCUAAAUUUAAGUUUCAUAUUAUGGCUAGUGUAAAGCCGUCAAAUGAAAAACCAGGUCCUCGCCUGGUCCCUCGGCCGACCACCGCGAGCGCCGCCCGCGCCGCCCGCAAUGCUCAUCGCAUGCCGGCAGCCACCCCGCGGCAGUCGCCCAUACGACCAGCUGCCGUCACACCUGUCGCUGUGGUAGAAGUUAAGAAAGAAGUGGUAGUAAAUGAUACAGAGAAACAUCAUGAUCAAGAGGCAGCUGAGCUGCAGCAACCACAGCGCCUGAAUAUCGAUGGUGAUCUGCAAAAUGUGUAUUGCACAAAACAAAACGAAUUCCAUCAAUUGAAGAAGGAAUUAGACCUAAAACAACAAUCAGUACUACAAGUAUUCGAUACGUUAAGACGCUUACAAGAGCGUAUGCAGGAAGACGGGAUUCAAGUACGAGAAAGCGUUUCUCAAGAAUUAAUAAUAUUUAAUGUCGGUGAUUGGACCACACAGGAAAUUUCACAGAUGUGCAGAGACGCAGAGGGCUCUGCCGGGGAUCGAGCUCAAAUGUUCAAUAAAGUUAAUCCAAUUGACGAUGCCACGAUAGCAGCACUAGAGACGGAAGCGAGGAAGGUUCCCGAAUAUUUUGCAGAACUGUGCUUCAAAGCGUUCACAGUGCGUCAAGAAGUCAUAGAUUGGAUGAAAGAUCUCGCUGAAAAAAACGAAAUUCCAAGUGAUGUUGUAAAGGAACGCAUAAGUCAGUACAACCUCGAGGGACUCCGUCUGUAUGAGAUUUUGGAGAAAACUAAGACCGAGUCGAAAAAUACAAUGGACUCGUUCACUUCGUUGACCAAACAAUUUUGUCAAGACAGAUCAACCUUGAUAAGGGUAGAAGAAUCACUAGUCCGUGAACUCGCCCGACUAAAACAAGCUCAGGAACCUACUGAAGUUGCGCAUGCGAUUGAGGAAGCUCGUCAAGAGCUAGAAAAAGAGAGAACUGCAAAAUCACAGUUAAAAGAAAAACUAGCGACUACCGAGACGCAGCUGCGGUACGCGCGGACACGAGUCACUCAAAUGGACAAACAGCUGAAGGAAGCAGAAGCUAGCAUAGCCAGUUUGACUGCAACCGUCAAAUCUUUAGAAGAUAAGAGUCGCCAAAAAGAAAUAAGUUUAGAAGCGAGAGCACGAAAGUUAAAAGAAUCGCUUAAGACGGGAGAGGUGACGAGCAGCCAACUAUUACAGCAAAAGAAUGGACUACAAACAGAGUUACACGAAUUAAAAGAAAACCUGAAAAUAAAAGAAAAUCAAUAUAAAUCGCGAAUCGAGGAACUAAAUGAAAAAUUUGAGAAGGCGAUGGCUUCACUUGAACACGAGCAGGAGCUUUUACAGAGAGAAAGAAAUGUAAAAGACAAAUUAGCAGCAGAAUUAAAUAUGAGUCAAAACGUGAUUGAAGAACUUCAAAACAAAAUUUGUGAUCUAGAAAGUAAACAUAACAUAGAUUUACCUACAGAACGAGAAAUGGAUCUGUUUUCUGAACUUAGUGCAGUUAAAGAAACUCUUCGCAUUGCUGAAGACGAGAUCUUAGCUUGUAAAAAUGAGAAAAUACGGUUCUUGGAAAGACUGACAAAGGAAACGGAUUCAGAUGACAAAAUUGGUGCGCAACAAAAACUGGCUGCAGAAUUGAUGAGCAAGGAGGAAAUAAUUAGCAAUAUGCAGAUUCAGAUAAGAGAGUUGAUAAAAAACGUUAAACUAAACGAAAAGAAGGUGGCCCAGUAUGCACAAUACGUGCAUGAAUUACAUAGUCGUGCUGCUGUCAAUUCUCCAGAAUCGCCUGACACAAACGCAUAUCAAGAUAUACAAAAUGAGGUUAUGGAUCUGAAAAUGCAUCUCCUUGAAGUUUCAACCCGAAACGAAGAAUUGUUAGAAAGGCUGACGGAGAAAGAUCAGCUGUUGCAGCAGCAAGAAAAAACAGCACGCGCUCAAGCGAAAGUUAUAAAGGUACUAAAAAAUAAGGAAACUGAGCAGAGUAGCAAGCUGGUAGCUUUGCAACAGGACCUCGAGCGCAGAAUGAAAAUCGUUGAUAAUGUGAACAAGCAGAUUGAAGCUAAAGCCAACGAGAUCGAGGAGUUGUUUUCGACGUUAGAGAGCAAGCAGCAGCUGAUUAACCGGUUGGAGAAGAUUGUGCUAGAGUUGGAGGGGCAACAGCGGCGGUCGCAGGCGCAGCGCACGCGACACGAGGAGAAGAUCGCCGUGCUGGAACACGAACUGGCCGAGGGAGCACGUAGAGAGAGGAAAUUCCUGUUCUUCUGAUGUACUCGUACGUUUACCUAACUAAGCUGUGGAUGCCAAACGAUUUGAAAAUAAUUAUAAAAAGAAAAAAAGAAUACAAAAUAUUA